AUGUCCGACGACGAGCCCGACCUCGAACUCCUGGCCCUCCUCCGCCAGCGGUUCCAGGGGAAGCUCAACAUCGACGAUGAGCCCGAGACGGGCGUCCUCGACGGCGCCGAGUUCGUCUACGACAACUCCAUCGACGUCGCCAUCGACAUGAGGGCCACAAAGAGGGCCGCCGCCACCAUCUACGCCCAGAUGGAACAGAAGAAGUACUCAACCUCCACCUGGGCAGAGCACGAGCUGCACCCAAAGACUAAAGACGAGAGCACCGCCGCCUUCAUCUUCACCAUGGACCUGCUCAACUUCUGCUUCUGGUCAGAGAAGCCCGAGGACGAGAGGUACGCCGUCGAGUACCGCGGCAAGACCUGGACGGGCUACUGGAGCAUGGUCGCCUCGCUGCAGCGCGCCCUCGAGGAAGGCAUCCCCAUCACCAGCUCCGAUUUUUGGCAGAGCAAGGACGAAUGCAACUUGGAGGUUCUCAGACACGUCUUCCGCUCCAAGACGGAGGAGGAGAUGCCCCUUCUUGAGGAGCGCUUGGCGUGCUUGCGGGAAGCCGGCACUGUCUUGUAUGAGAGGUACAGUUGCAGCGUGACGAAACUGGUCGAGGCCGCCAACGGGUCGGCCGCACGGCUUGUGAACUUGCUCGCCCGCGAUUUUGACUGUUUCCGCGAUGAGCACAAGUUCGACGGCCGUCGGAAGCCGGUGAGAAUCCUCAAGAGAGCGCAGAUCCUCGUGGCCGACAUCUGGGCAUGCUUUGGCGGUGAGGGCAUUGGUGCCUUUAAGGAUAUCGACAAGAUCACCAUGUUCGCCGACUACCGGGUCCCGCAGAUUCUCAGCACCAUGGGUUGUUUGUAUUAUAGCCCUUCGCUGGCGACGGCUAUCACUGAUAAGCGGGUUAUUGAGAGCGGGUCGAGGUUGGAGUUGCAAUUGAGAGCGUGCAGUAUUUGGUGCGUUGAGCUCAUCAAACGGGAGAUCCAGAGGGACCACCCUGGGACGAGCGUCAAUGCCAUUUUGAUCGAUUUCUUUCUGUAUGAUACCAUGAAGGAGCUGGAGGCCGCUGGCACGGAGACGAUAGGACAUCACAGAACGCGGAGUAUUUGGUACUGA